UCUGAGAAUAUCCCACCUCGAGCUGCCCUCGACCAUCUGAAAGUCGAUUCACGCCGCGUUCUUGUCAUUAUUUCAAAGAUGGCGAACAAGGCGCCUUUCAAGACGACUUUCGAGGUGACCGAGGUCAUCCGACCGAUAUUUACGGGGGGUGCGGUUGCCUUAGACAAUGGCGCCCAAAUUCUUGCAACGACCCUCGGCGAAGAUGUCGUCCUCACCAACCCGGCGACAGGAAAACACAUUGCUCAAAUCGAAGGCGAUGGGGAGGGGAUUUCCACCUUGACAUUGACACCGUCUGGCUCCCACCUUGUUGUGUGCUCUCGGUCCUUGUCCAUGCGAAUAUACGCUUUGAAAUCGCCCCAAUCGAAAGAUACCAUCACGCCGCAACUUCUUCGAACCGUAAAACCCCAUGGGACUCCCGUGAUAGUCCUCGCGGUUGACCGAACUGGCACCCUCCUGGCGACUGGUGGUACAGAUGGCUCGAUCAAGGUGUGGGAUAUUGUCGGUGGAUAUGUCACGCAUACCUUCCGCGGACCAAGUGUGCUGGUGUCUGCCUUGCAUUUUUUUGAAGUCGCAGCGGGCUCUGUGAAGGGACACGAUGUAGACGCCAAGAAAGACGACAAGAAGAAGAGGAGAAAGUCCAAGACCGCCGACGACGAGCCCGAAGAAGACCUCACUGCUACGGCGCGUUUCCGUCUGGCAUCUGGCAGCCAAGAUGGAAAGGUCCGCGUUUGGGACUUACACAAGCGCAGCGUCGUAGCGAAUCUGGAAUCCCACGUUUCCGAUGUCCGCGGCUUGGACUACUCGCCCGACCAGAACACUUUGGUGACAACCGGCAGAGACAAGACGAUUACCUGGUGGGAUUCGAAGUCUUGGAAAGUUCGGAAAGUUGUUCCUUGCUUUGAGGAGGUCGAGGCUGUGGGGUUCACUGGGGACGGUCGCUUGACGUACACUGCGGGCUCAGCUGGUUGGGUGUCUGUUUGGGAUACUGAGACUGGCAAGAGGCUCACCAAGCAGCAAGAACCAAAGAGCAACGAAGAAUCCAUUAUUGGGGCCGUGUCAAGACCAGAACUACCAUUCAUUAUCUGUGUUCAACUGGACCAUACCCUGGCUCUCUACCAUCAUCCGAUACAAAAGAGCUCCUCAGAGGCACCCAUUGCAUUCCGUCGGAUAUCAGGAACGCACGACCAAAUUAUCGACUUACGCUACCUAUUGCCUGACUCCUCGAUGUUGGCACUGGCAACAAACUCGGAAGAUAUUCGAUUGAUUUCAGUGACCAAACCAUCGGAUGGGGCAAGUGGGUUGGUGUCGAGUAAUUACUUUGGUCAAGAUAUUGCUCUUCUGAAAGGGCACGACCAAAUCAUUAUUUCACUUGACGUGGACUGGUCAGGUCACUGGGUAGCUACUGGAGCGACGGAUAAUACUGCCCGUCUCUGGCGAAUAGAUCCUGCGAACAAUUCCUACACGUGUUAUACGACGUUUUCAGGCCAUGCCGAGUCCAUAGGCGCGGUUGCGCUACCUAGAGCGCGGCCUGUGGAAGGUUCCAAAGCAUUCACCGACCCACUGAGCCACCCUCCCCCCUUCCUCAUCACCGGUUCCAAGGAUCAGACCAUCAAAAGGUGGGAGAUCCCAAGGAUGUCUCAAGAUAGCAACAAGUCUCUUCGAUCGGCAUUCACCCGCAAGGCCCACGACAAAGACAUCAACGCCAUUGAUGUCAAUUAUUCAUCCCAGAUGUUUGCUUCAGCUUCGCAAGAUCGGACUGUCAAGAUCUGGUCAGUUGAAGAAGGAGAGGUACAGGGCAUUCUCCGUGGACAUCGCCGCGGAGUAUGGUCAGUCAGUUUUGCCCCCUCAAACACGCCAGUUAUCCAGGGUGAGCAGGGUCCUGUUGCAGGAAAGGGUGUAGUCAUCACUGGAAGUGGCGAUAAAACCAUCAAGCUGUGGAGCUUAUCAGACUACUCUUGCCUGCGCACAUUUGAAGGCCACACAGACAAUGUUUUGAAGGUUGCCUGGCUCAAAAUACCUGCUAGUGAGGAUCGCAACAAGAAGCCUGUUCUUUUCUCCAGUGCUGGCGGUGAUGGGCUAGUCAAGGUGUGGGACGUCAACCGUGAUGAACCUGAGUGCACCCUUGACAACCACGAGGAUCGAGUGUGGGCACUAACUGUGCACCCUGAGACAAACAUGAUUGUAUCUGGCAGCGGCGAUUCAACCGUCACUUUCUGGAAGGAUACAUCGUCAGAGACUCAAGCUGCUUCGAACGAAGCUCAGGAGAUGUUGAUACAACAAGAGCAAGAAUUAGAAAACCACGUGCGCACUGGAUCCUACCGAGAAGCGAUCACGCUGGCAUUGCAGCUCAACCAUCCCGGCAGGCUUCUUUCACUUUUCACGAAAGUCGUGUCUUCGAAUACCCCCGACGAGGGUAGCUUGUCGGGGUUGAAGGCCGUGGACCAGGUUUUAGCCAAUCUUUCAGAUGAGCAGCUGUUCCUACUAUUGCUGAGGUUACGGGACUGGAACACGAACGCCAGGACGGCACCCAUGGCACAGCGCAUAUUAUGGGCUCUGGUUCGGAGCUAUCCGGCAUCACGAAUCUCGAACCUUUCGGUGAAAGGGGCCCGAGGCCAAAAGAGUCUGAAAGAGGUGUUGAAUGGGCUGAAAGUCUACACGGAGAGGCAUUACAAGCGCAUGGAAGAGCUGGUCGACGAGAGUUAUCUGGUGGAAUAUACCCUGCAGGAGAUGGAGAGCUUGGCCCCGCCAUUAGCUGAGAUCAGUCUCGAUAGCAUUGAUGGGGACAUUGUUAUGGCUUCAUAAAGGCGACUACAUGUAGAUACUAGCACCGCAAAAAUAUACAUCAAGAAAC